GCUCAGUUAUGAUAGCUCAGGGCAUUGCAGAGGAAGGAGGAGUGUCUUUCAUUUAGCGAAAAAAAAAAUACUGUAUUCCCCACCCAACCCAACCCUUCCCUCCAACUUUAAACCAAAUGUAUAGUAGAGAGAGCACUGGGGAUUAAUCAUCCAGAGAAGAGACCCGGUCUAACUGCUGACAGUUCAGUCCCCCUCUCUCUGUGUUCCUACAAGCGUGUAGACCACAGACCCUCUGCUCACCUGUGCCCACCUGAGUUCACCUGUAAGAGCCCACCCUGUGGAAGGAGACCAGGCUUCUGUUUCCCCAAAGGUUUAGGAAAUCACACCCCCAUCCGAGUGAUGGAGAACUCAUCAGAGCAGUCCCGCUGGGUGUCCCCAUCGCUGGUCAGCACAGACCCCAUGGCCUCCUACUCCACCGAGCAGGGCCUGCUGCCUCCAGGGGACGAGGCCGAGGCCUACUACUCCACGCCCGAAGCCGACUUCACCAACCUGCCCUCCUACUUCUCCAGCGGGGUCCAGAGUCGGGCCUCCUCCGCAUACAGACACAGCCCAGUGCGGCAGGUGUACUCCUCCACCUCUCUCCUGGGUAACAUCCAGUGGCUGGAUGGGCCAGGGGGGCACUCGCUGAGCUCCCCCUACAACCCUGCCUCCUCCGGCUGGGCGAGCAGCCCCUACACCAAGACCCCCCUGCACCCCCACACCUCCGCCUCCCUCUACACCACCAGCGCCCCCUCCUCCUUCAGCUCUUCCAAGGACGACUUCCCCUCGCCAGGCCACGACGGCAAGGAGAGCCCCAGGCUCCAGGAGGCCCUGAAGGCCGAGCGGCUGAGCCCCAUGGGAGGAGGAGGUGGUGCCGCUGGGGGCAGCUUCCUCAACCUGACCUCCGCGGCUGGGGGGAUGUACACGCCCUCCCCCCACCUCCUGGGGCCUUACAGCUCCUAUAUGAGUUCCCAGCAGGACUACAGCUCCUCAGGCCUCUACUCUUCUCCUGGAGGCUGGAUGAGCCCCUCGGCCUACUCCCCCAAGCUGCGCAACAAGAUGCGACUGUCCCCACCUGAGGCUCGAGAGUGUGUGAACUGUGGAGCAACUACCACCCCUCUCUGGCGGCGGGAUGGUACUGGCCACUACCUCUGCAAUGCAUGUGGACUGUACCACAAAAUGAAUGGCCAGAACAGGCCUCUCAUCCGUCCAAAGAAGAGACUGAUUGUCAGCAAGCGGGCUGGAACUCAGUGUGCUAACUGCCACACCAGCACCACAACCCUGUGGAGACGCAAUGCCAAUGGCGAGCCCGUGUGCAACGCCUGUGGCCUCUACUUCAAACUGCAUAAUGUCAACAGACCCCUCACCAUGAAGAAGGAUGGCAUUCAGACGCGGAACCGCAAAGUGUCUAACAAAAACAAGAAGGGCAAGAAGAGCGUUCCCAUCGAUGCAUAUUCCGAUCUGGUCCACGGGCCGAUGCCCGACGACCUGGGGGGCCACUUCUCUCUUCCCCAGGGGCCCCUCCUGUCCUACGGCCACCCAUCCCACUACCUCCCCUCGUCGACCAGCCUGCACCCCUCAGCAAGCCUGCAGUACACCCACCAUCCAAACUCAGGUAUGGUGCCCACCCUGGUGUGAAGGGGUCGACACAAGGGGAGAAGAGGAUCAGGGCCAUGAGCACAGACACAUGUGAGAGCACACACCACCUGCCACCGCCUGUGUUGGUGAACGGAUGAACACACACUGAGAGAAAUACGGGCUGUCAAAGGCCAUACGCCGAGAUUGUACAGGAUGGUGGACAUCCUUGAGCUUGUUGGAAUGAUGAAUGUAUGUUUGUUCCACCAUUUGUUUUUACAUUUGUUUUUCAAAGCACGUGAAGCUUAAUGUUUGAAGGAGUUUGCCAGUUUUUGAUAUGAUCUCAACUUGUCUUCAUUUUUUAAAAGGAGUACUUCUACAAUGUACAAAUGAAGAAGUCAUUAAUUUAGAAACAGGUACAAAGGCCUUUCCCAACUGUAGACUGUGAAAUGCUGAGAUGAAUAUUGUUUUUGUGAAAGAUUUUAAAUGUUUUUGACUUAGGCCAGCAUUUAAUAUAAAGUAUAUUGAAAGCAUACAGGGAUAAAUCACAAUGAUGUAUUUUUUGUAAAUAUGAAGUGCUGUUCUUUUAAAAAGCUGUGAAUGUUACCUGAAUUAAUAACACAUUGAUAUGCCUGUAGUUGCUAUCUGGAGAUUUAUUCAUACUAAAGGAUUAACAACAUA